GUUGCAAAAAUACUAAACACUAAAUCCAAGUACACAAAAUUACUCUUAUUGUUCGAACUGUAUGUCUAAUUACCAUAAUUACAAAUUGCCAUUAAAACGGAUGCAAAUCCAAGGAUUUUACAUUAUCUGGCAAUGUUUUACGCCAUAUAAAUUGUUUAACGUUCAAAUUCUGUAGGAGUUUACGUGUUGGUGAAAUUUUUCGAAAUAAAAUCUCGAUAAUGAGCCGUUGUGAUUUCAAAAUAGUGUUGUUAGGAAGCGAACAUGUUGGAAAAACGAGUUUGGUGAUAAGAUUCGUAAAUUGUAGCUUUAAUGCAGGGACUCCGUAUCAAAAUACUAUUGGUGCAGCUUUUUGCGCGAAAACCAUGCGCUCCGACGGUAGAGACUUCAAUGUUGGCAUCUGGGACACCGCCGGCAGUGAAAGGUACGAAGCAAUGACACGUAUGUACUACAGAGGAGCACACGCCGCCGUCAUCUGCUAUGAGCCAUCCUCUCUUCUCUCCUGGACCAGGCUAAGACACUGGCUCACUGAGCUAAGGACAGUUGAAGAGGAUUGCAAAGUGUAUCUUUGCGGCACCAAAAAAGACCUCAUGGACUCCGGCCUCGCUCGGCGCGAGGUCCCGGAGGAGACCGUGGCCACGUACAGCCAGGGACUCAGGGGACAUUUCCUGACCUCUAGCAAAACGGGCGAGAACGUGGAGGAACUCUUCCAAAAGAUAGUUGACGAUUGCGCGUCCGACCAGCGAGUGAUGAAAAACGUAGAGGAGCUGCGGGUCCAAAUACUGAAAGACGAAGCUGCCUACCGCGCCAAAGACAAGCAAUAUUGCUUAUGUUGAAAGCUAACAUUAACCUCCUAAAUCCCGAUGUCCUUUUAAAAGGACAAUUUCAAAUAGAUUUUGAACUAUAACCUGUAACCGCCCACAUACCAAAUAGCAAAACUUGUCAAGAUAAAUGCAAUUCUAAUAUGUCAAUAUAAAGAUUCAACAUGCAAUGGAAUGGUCGGCCUUCUUAUAGGCCUCUGGGCGGCUAUAGGUGGAAGAAAAGAAGAUUCCUAAUUUGAAUUUACAAAAAUGACUCUGGGACUUAGGAGGCUAAAACAACAAAACCACGAGCUUGGAAUAAUAAUUUAUUCGCCGAAACAUUUUUUUCGCGAUUUCAUCUCUCUUGAGUACUUGUGGGGUUAUUUGAAUAAACCAACAUGUUUAUGAAAGGAAACCAGAACAAAUGUGAUAUUGGGGUAAAAUGAUGUUAAUUUAAAUGUUUUAACGUUAUCAAACAUCCUAGGUAUAUCUAAGGUCAAUGUGGAUAAGACCGACUAUCAGGUAAUACCGUAUACAAGCUCUUUUGUCGCUUCUAACAGGAAGAAGAAGCUCUUACUUUCUGACAGUGAGUGAAGUAUGUAUGUAAAUGAUGAUGAUGAUGAUCCUUCUGGCCGAUUUCGACCAUGGCGACCACUUCGACUCCUAGUAACUAAGCUAACUGUUACAGUUAGCACGGCGCUCGUGCGCCCGAAUAUGGCUGACGUAGCCGGUCUUCGAGGCGAACCCUCGCGCACAUUGAGAGCACGUGAGGACACCAGACACGUAUGUAAAUACGACAGUUUUUGCCCUAUGAUAUGACGGUCUUCCUAACCAACAAUGUUAUAUGCCGGUCUUGAACUUGGAAUAGUUUAUGUACGGGCACGGAAUUUAAUUUCAGUACCAUUUCGUAGCUUGUAUCAACCCUAUUGUCAGGGUAUUUGACUACUAGUCAAAUCAGUUUCUUUUUUAGGGUUCCGUACCCAAAGGGUAAAAACGGGACCCUAUUACUAAGACUCCGCUGUCUGUCUGUCUGUCAGCAGGCUGUAUUUCAGGAACCGUGAUAGCUAGACAGUUGAAAUUUUCACAGAUGAUGUAUUUCUGUUGCCGCUAUAACAACAAAUACUAAAAAGUACGGAACCCUCGGUGCGCGAGUCCGAAUUGCACUUGGCCUUUUUUUCUAACUGUCGAAACGAUUUCCUACUAUGGAAUUUAUAUGAAACACUAGCAUGUGACGUCAGACUUUAUAGUUUUAUACGGGUUUUAAAAUAGAAAUUGUGUCUAAAAAUAACUGCUGUCUACAUUUCUCCAUUAAUAUUCUGGUUAUUUCUUACAUAGUGUAAAAUAAUUAUUAUAAAUGGGCGUUUUCUAAAAUAAAUAAUGAAAAUCUGAACCUCACAGAUCCUGCGGAUUUAGGGUUGUUUUAACUCAGAAUAACUAGCAUAUUCAAUUCUGAUGAUAAAAAAAUGUUCCAAAAAUUUGUAUGAAAAUUUUACGUUUCCACUACGUUACGCACAUACAAGUGAAAAAUUUGUUCACACUAAAACGUGACGUAAUGGAAUGGAUAUUUUGGGACAUCUUUUUUUAAUGGCAGGAUGGAGAAUGCUGUCGAUUCUGAGUAGAAUGAGUCCAAGAAUGUCCAGAUUUGAAAGAAUCAGGUUAGGCUGAAUAUUUAUUUAAGAAAACGCCCAAAUAUAUUAGGUCUCUAGCAACUUUCAUAUUGAUUGUCACUGUGACAAGGUACGAAAUGGUACUGAUAUUAAUUCUUACCUAUUAAAGGCUUGUGAAAGGAAGCCCCUCUUAAGUUUAAUCCACGUCGCAAACAACUUUGUGUGUUUUCAUUUGUAUACAGUAAGCUGCAUAAAUAACUGACCCCCCUUGCAUAGAAACUUGUCUGCAGGGGCGUCAGUUAUCUCUGCAGCUUACUGUACACGACCUUAAUAAUGAAUUGAUAGGGAUAUUUUGAUUAUAUAAAUUAAAAUACCAUUUAUAUUCCUUCCAAGUGUCUUUUGCUUUAUUUAAUGUAUAAAGAAGCUAUUUUUAUUAGAAAUAUAUUUAAGUUUUAAAUCGUUUGACUAAGAACAUUGUAUCCGUUGUAAUAUAAGCUAGUUAAGGAAAACAAAGUAAUAUGGCACAAUCGUCUUUAUCGUCAAGCCCGAUGUUCUUUUUUUAGGACAAUAUUUAUUCAUACAUAUUCUACUUACGGAAUGCUAAAUUUAAGCAGCAUACAUUUAGUUACACAUUUUAUUCUCUAGGGGGGGCUGCUGCUUCCCCCCUGCCUCCCUCUGGCGACGCCCUUGAAAUGUCGACGCUUUCGAUUUCCAUAUCUAAAUCGCUUCUAAAAUCUAUAAAAAGUCUUAAAAAGGAUUUGGUUAGUAUUUAAAUAAAAGAUUACACAAAAAUGUAGGUUCCAAUUUGCCUUUUUAGGGUUGUAAAAACGGGACCCUAUUACUAAGACUCCGCUGUCCGUCCGUCUGUCACCAGACUGUAUCUCAUGAACCGUGAUAGCUAGACAGUUGAAGUUUUCACAGAUGUUGUAUUUCUGUUGCCGCUAUAACAACAAAUACUAAAAACAGAAUAAAAUUAAUAUUUAAGUGGGGAUCCCAUACAACAAAUGUGAUUUUUUUGCGUAAUGGUAAGGAACUAUUCGUGCGCGAGUCCGACUCGCACUUGGUAGGUUUCUUGUUCUUCAAUGUAUAAAUAAUUUUGUGCCGGUAGUGGUGUUGUUUUGGCAGUAAUGAUUACAUUUUGUCCUAAAAAUAGGCCUGUGGGCUUGAGGGGUUGUAACAAAGCUAUAAUUAUAUGUUGCCAUAAGCUAAUGUGUGUAGCUAUUGUAUAUAAUCAUA